UGUGGUAAUACCCCAAUGAUGUUGGCUUUGAAAAAGGGUCACCUCAACGUUGUAAAAUGGCUUUUUGUGAAGGGAGCGGAUUUUAACAAAGCUGACAGGUCUGGCCAAACUCCACUCUUAGUAGCAGUAAAAAACGGUUACAAAUGCAUCGUGGAGCUACUUAUUAGAAAUGGAGCUGAUACUAACAUGGCUGAUUUGUCCUGUCGCAGUAGCAACACGGUAAUUCUUUCAGAUGGCAUUUCGCUAGGGGAGAAAAACUCGACCCUACCUUCAGUGGAAGGUGAUGCAGUUGUCUCCAGAUGCUCUGCCCAUGGCUUCCCUUCACCAUCAGCCGCUAAACAUAACAUUAGGAACAUUGUUGCAACAGCUUUGGAGUUUGAAGCGGAUCACCAUGAAUGCGAGCGUGUGUUAACGUACACAGAUAAUGAUCGUACAAAGGUCCAUUUGUAUAUGCAAUGUGGUACGUCUGGCAUUCCCCAAGAAUUGAAAGAUACAGCUCGAAAAUCCUUCACAGAUAUGGACGUGGACCUCGAAUGGUUUGAUCUCCACAAAGAUGCUAACGAAAUUCGAAAGGGUAAGUCCCUUGAAUAUCCACUUGGCACGCCGCUAAGAUUAAAUGAUUCUCAAAUUGAUCAAAUGAACAAAACAAUAAAGGAAAACCUUCAUUUACUUGCGGGGCAUCGUAAUAUCACUGCUGUGCAACCCUCUUUAAAGAUAACAAACUCUAAACAGACAAAGACCCCUUGUAUUACGCUCUACGUUCUCCGUAAAGGCCACAUCCCAGAUGGUGAGUGUGCAUUUCCUCCCAUUUUUGCUUCGUACCCCGUUGAUGUUGUGGAUGGAUUGUGGCUCAGAACUGGUGACCCAUGGACACCAAAUGAAGCACAGGAGCAAAGCGAGGUUCUUUGUUUGGGAGCAAGUAUUGGCGUUAAAGAGGAGUAUGCAGCCGGGACCUUGGGUGCCAUUGUGAAAGGCAAUGAAACCUUUUAUGCGCUAUCUUGUAAUCAUGUCAUGAAACACAGCGAAAAAUCUGAAAUUGUUCACCCUGCAUGGAAUGACCACCGGAACUAUCUGAAUUACCACCUACAGCAGUAUGGAGAACGGGUAAAGGACAUCCUUGAUCCAAUCAGCCUCUGCGCCCCUAACAAAGCGUUUGAAUUUUCAUUGUAUACAGACUUAGAUGAAAUGUCAGCCAAAUUUGAAGAGCUGAAACAGAUCAAACAAAGGAAUCUUAAGAGUUCUAGGGCAACAGAGAGGAAACUAUCCUACGUGGAUUUCCAUGAAAAUGCCUUCAGGAAAGGCCACACCUCACCCAGAGUCAUUGGAAGGUACACUGCUGGUGUCUCUGGUAAUGUGACAUGGACCGAUGGUCAACAAUACUACAUUGAUGCUGCUGUUGCUGAGUUGAAACCAGAUGAAGUAAUUAGUUUACACGAGAGUCAGACAGCUGAAAUGAUUGGAACAGGGUACUGCCCAGGUGACGUAGUCCAAACUGGAGGGGCAGCUACUGGGCCGCUAUGCAAAAGUGGCCGAACAACUGGAUUCACUGAUUCUGGUUGUCACUCAAAGUCAUCAUUGUUCACCAACUCUGAGUCAUACAAAGUGACAGACGAAACCAGGCAGUUGGCCAAUGUGUUGAAAACCGAGGUCAAUAUCUGCACACAGUGUGCUGAUUUGUCUGGACUGAGACACUUGUUUUCUGAAGAGGAUAUCAUCAAUUAUUCAUGUGGAUUCUGUGAAUUAGAUCUAGAGGGUCUGAAAGACCAUCUCUGGUGUAAGAAUUGCCUAUGCAUAGACAAUCAAUAUUCUGUCCGUUCACGUCCAGGGUUUACUACCAAAGGAGAUUCUGGAGCAGUGCUUUUUGAGAGAUUUGAAGAUGAAACUCUCUGUGGUUUUGGAAUCAUUUUUGGUGAGUUGCAGCAUUCAUAUGGGAUUUAUUCCUUAGCCUCACCAUUACAUAUUGUUCUUGAAACCUUGACAAAAAUGAUCUCACAAGAAGAGAAUUUCAAUUUGACAUUAGUGUCUAACUAUACGAGUGAUGUUUGAAUUUACGCACAACGAUGGAAAAGAACACAAGUCUUUUGGCAGCAUCAUUUCCAUGUACCAAAGUAACUCUAACGGUCAUAACAACUGACAUAGAUGAAGGAGGGAAAUGUUGUAACUACUGUAAUCUUUAAAUUAGUAGCCACUGCAACAACAUCAAGACCCAUUUCGCUUGGUUCCUAUUUUUGUUAACUGGGAGAUUUUUCAAGAUCACUCCUAGAUUUAAUAUACCUUUAUGUGGCUGCUGUGAUGCUAAUUUGCCUGCUCCCAUAGUCUAGAGACCAAUGUUCAUUUACUUUUAUUUCUCAUUUAUUUGUUUCUCCAAACCUUGGCAGAAAUAAAUACUAGGUGAAAAAUAAUGUAAGAGAUAAAAUUUCCAAAGAAAGAGAAACUUACAAUACAAAAUUACACUAAUUAAACUAAGACACUGUUCAUGGGAGGGAGAGGAGAGGGGCACGUCUUGGUAAACUAAUAUUGUGCUCCUUAAAUCACUCCAGUAUAACAAAUAAAAAGGAACUUGUAAUUUAAAAAGUAAUGGGAAAAACUUAAAAAAAAAAAAAAAAGCUCCGUAAAAGUGUAAAAGUGCUUUUCUAAACAUCCUUUGAGAUGGUUUGUCUUUAAUUAAUUGCGGAACACUAUUCCAAAAAAAUCAUCCAAUAAUGCUCAGGCAUGAGAUAAGUUCAAAAUGAGGGUAUGACUACUUGAUUAGAUGGUGCAGUGCUUAAGUAAGAUUGGAACCAAUUAUUUUCGCUUUACUAUAUUCUGUAAUAUUGAAGCUUAUUAAGUAAUAUUUGAUGAGUUACUGUGUCGAAAGCCUUACUUAGGUCUAAGAACAAAAGACCACAUAGUGUCCUUGUUCAAGAGAAGAAGUUACUUCAAUGUGGUCAACUAGACAGUCAGAGGUUGUGUAACCUGAUCUAAAUCCAUAUUGUUCAAUGGAAAUCAUGUUUUAUUCGUAAGAUGAGACAAGAGCAAUGUUGUUCUAAGCCUCCAGAUAUUGUAGCCUUUUCCAAUUGCAAGACUUGUCUACUGAAGACAAUAGUUUAGAAGGCUAAUCGAGUGUAAUAGUUCGCAUAUUAUGCAAAAUUAUUUUAUUAAAUGAU